AUGAUGCGCCAUCAUUACCUCCGGUCUUUGACGGCUAGUCUGUCCGCCUCUACUGGAUCACGUUGUCUUGCUCCGCUGCCUGGAAAAAGUGGAAGUGGGGGUCUGGAGGCCGUUUUAGGGCUGCGUUUGCUGCACACCGGCAAAGCAUGUGAAGUGGUUUCUCUUACCUAUGAUCACGCGGCGCAAACUGUAGGGACUCGGCUUCGUAAAACUCCAUUAACAGUGUUUUGGCUUUGUGUGGGGUCGAUUACUGCUGCUGGUGCCUUCGCCUGCCUACAGGACAGCCAUCGCCACCAGGUCCAGCUAGACACCGGAGGAGCACACGCGCGUGCACAGUACACCAGUACUGUCCUGAGGAGCACUAUCUUGUCAGGUGUUCUUAAUUGCAAGGAGUGGUGGCUUUCUGACGUAUCAACUGCUGUGUCCUCUUCGCCUGCUGUAUUCCGUGGUGGUGCCCCAGCAUUCUGUAAAGAAUUGUCCAGGCAGCAUAUCCAACGUGAACAGCAGCACUUGCCUCAGCCUUUGAAACCGCAGCAUAUAUUUGAAAUGAUGAAGCCCCUAGUGGUUCGGGUGUAUGCGGUGCUCCGAACACAAACGCCUUCCGACCGAAGAACCCGCAAGCAGACAAAAGUAGAAGAGGACCAGGAGAUGUUGCUUGAGAAGCUGCACUUUCUGGGUUCCGGUUUUUUCUUUGACGACCAGGGCCACAUAGUAACUGCCGCUCAUGUUGUCUUGCGACGCAAUGAUCUGAAAAUUGAUGCCGUAGUCAGCCAAAACGCUCAUGAAUCGAAGGAGCGGCUGGUUAAAGGCGAAUUCGUUUCGUUCCCACUUGCAAUCAAGGACGCCUUCGGUCGGCUACAUGCAGCGCACCUCUGCGGCCUGGAUGAAACAACCGAUGUGGCUGUGCUUCGGUUAGAUGACCCUCUCGAGCAAAGGGACAUGCCUCAUGUGCGCGGAAGCAUGUCGGGAGCGCCUGUUUUUAACAUGGAAGGCUCUAUCGUAGGGAUGCUUGUCAAGAAAUUCGACAUCUGCGGGCUUGCACUGCCGUCAUCCCUCGUGCUUCGGGUCGCAGAAUCUCUCAGAGAUUCGGGCGAAUUCAGAGUGCUAUCUAUUGAAUCGGGGCUGAAGGUGUGCGGAGUUACCCCUGGCAGCCCUGCUGAUGAAGCAGGCGUCCGCCAAGGGGACCGUAUAAUAAAUGUUAAGGGAGAGGCGAUUGAUUCCAUUGGGCGCGUGAGCCUCUCCUCCCCGUUCGCUGUUUCGCGCGUGUAUAACGCAGAACACCAUCGUGUUGGGCAACUUGUGACCCGCAAGGACUUUGGGGAUGUGUCAUAUGCGUUCAGCUUCGAGAGGUCGUUCUGCUCCACAGGGGGGGGCCCCUGGAAAUCACUGUGCAACGAGGCACACGAGCAAAGCGUUUAUUGUUGGACCUCUGCACGUGAGGGGUCUCCACGGAAAUCACGGUGCAACGAGCCACACUCGUAA